AUGUGUCACAGUCCUUUCUUUAUUUUGAAAAAAAAAACAAAAAACAAAAAAAAAAACCUCUCUCUUCCCUGUUUUUCUUUUCCCCCUCUCUAUCUGCCCCUUCCAUCUUCCAUCGCCUCCCUUUCCUCUCCUCAUCUCUCUCUCUCUCUCUCUCUCUCUCUCUCUCUCUCUCUAUCUAUCUAUCUAUCUAUCUAUCUAUCUCUCGCACGACGUAUGUGUUUAUUUUUCAUCCGUAUCAAAAACGGGGCUGCACCUAAUACUCUCUCUCUCUCUCUCUUUCUCUAUCUAUCUAUCUCUCCCUCUCUCCCUCUCUCUAUUUAUCUAUCUCUCCCUCUCUCUCUCUCUAUCUAUCUAUCUAUCUAUCUCUCUCUCUCUCUAUCUAUCUAUCUAUCUAUCUAUCUAUCUAUCUAUCUAUCUCUCUCUCUCUCUAUCUAUCUAUCUAUCUAUCUAUCUAUCUAUCUAUCUAUCUCUCCUCUCUCUCUCUCUCUCUAUCUAUCUAUCUCCCUCUCUCUCUCUCUCUCUCUAUCUAUCUAUCUAUCCUAUCUCUCUCUCUAUCUAUCUAUCUAUCUAUCUAUCUAUCCCUCUCUCUCUCUCUCUCUCUCUGGUGGAUGCUUCAAGCUCAAGUAUAAAUUGCCUUUCAAUAAUUCUGCCUCACCUGUUAUCCUCUUCCGCCUCACAUGCUAUCCUCUUCCGCCUCACCUGCUAUCCUCUUCACCUCACCUGCUACCGUCUUCCGCCUCACCUGCUAUCCUCUUCGCCUCACCUGCUACCCUCUUCCACCUCACCUGCGAUUCUCUUCUGCCUCACCUGCUAUCCUCUUCUGCCUCACCUGCUACGUCUUCCGCCUCACCUGCUACCGUUUUCCGCCUCACAUGCUAUCUCAUUCCGCCUCACCUGCUAUCCCGCCUCACCUGCUAUCUUCUUCCCCCUCACCUAUGA